UUAAUGCUCAAAGCAUCUAAUUUCGUUAAUGUGGCACAAUUGACUAAGUUAUCCUACUAGUAUAAAAGCUAAGAAACACUCGAGUAAUAACUUAGUUGUUUCAGUACAUUCAUUUGAAUACGUCUUUAAUUUGUAUUGCAUCGUGAAAAUGUCGCAAGUUGUUUUAAUCGUCAUACUUUGUACAGUUCUCGCUGUGAGAGCCGAUUUCCCUGAUGAUCCCAAACCUUGUAAAUAUGGGGAUUCCAAGUGCAUCGUAAAGUUGAUCAACGAGCUGAUCAGCGAGAAGGCAACGAGAGGCGCUCCUGAUUUCAAUUUGAUGAAACUUGAUCCUCUGCCAGUGCCCACGACGAACGUAAAACAGGGCGAGGACAGUCCAGUCAACAUUGAUUUAACGUUUAAGGAUAACAAAGUCCACGGUAUAAGCACAAUGAAGAUCCGUAAAGUCAAGUUUCGGCAAGGAUAUGACACAAAAGCACGAAAUACUAUUAAAUGCGGAUCCUACAUAAUGGUGGGACCCUACAUAAUAAAGGGAAAGGUCCUAAUACUACCCAUCAACGGCGAUGGCUUGAGCAACUUGACUUUGGUCAACUGUGAUAUUGCGUUAAGCUUCACGGGCAAACCAUUUGAGAAGAAUGGCGAGACCCACAUGGAGAUAGCCAACCUGAGACUUACGACCAAGCCGGAGCGUUUGUAUUACCACUUCAGUAAUCUGUACAAUGGCGAUAAGGCCCUGGGUGACAAUAUGAAUGCGUUCCUCAACGACAACUGGGAAGCCAUAUUUUUGGAGGUGCGACAGUCGAUGGAAUUAGCAUUCGCGGAAAUAUUUCGAACAAUUAUUACAAGCGUGUUCUCAAAGAAUCCUUACGCUAAGUUCUUUGAGGAAUGAAUGACAUUUUAUAAAGUCAAUAAGACCUAGCCAGCGGAAUUUUUAAUAGAUAAAUGUAAAAAUAAAUCAUCCCGUUGACAAACGAUUACUAGAAUA